GCAAAUCAAGAUGGCUGCGCCCAUGAUUACAAGGUCAAAAUAAUUCUGAUAUUGUGAUAUAUCAAGAAUCUGUCAUGUUUCUGUGUAGAAGUUUUUACCAGCUAUGAAAUAUGUUACUGUCUGUACCGCGUGAGAUACUUCGGACAUAUUCUUCGACAUGUGUUGCUUUAAAAGCUCGCAGAUUUUCACAGUUUGCGAGCAGACGUAGUCAGACCUCAGGCAUAUUCUACAUAUCUCCGUGCUGGUUACACUCUAAACGACAGGUACAGAGAUCACACACCAGAGAAAAUGUGGCCGCCCACGCAGACAACAGCUCGUCUUCGUUAAGGUCUGUGUAUCAAAAUGUAAAAGAGACACUGUCGCGAGUGACCGAAAAAACGGAACCAAUCAGUUCUGUUGCUGAACUCGCCGUAAGAUAUAUCACAGUGCACUCACUCACGGAUUUCUACAUAGAAUGUCCCCACGGUAUUCUGUUUGAUGCCUGUUAUGUAGACUCUCACCCAGAUGGCGUCUUUUGCGCGGACCUUAAGACUGUGGUGAUACUCCCAGGGAGCCCUGGCUCACACCUUGAUGUGUUGCCCCUAAUGAGACCCCUAGCCAAGGCCGGUCACAGAGUGAUCACUGUUAACUUUCCAGGCUAUAGUAAGACUAAUCCAAUCCUUGCAACACAGGAUUUUUUAUUCAGAGGAGCUACUGAUGAAAAAUCUGACUUCAUACUUAAUUUUCUCAAAGAACUGAACAUAGACAGGGUGGACCUGAUGGUCGGGCUUGGUUCUGGGUGUUACCCUGCCUUAGACCUGGCCGCCUCACAGACCUGGAUUAAAUCUCUAGCACUAGUCUGUCCCAGGGGGCACAGGGUCUUCAGAGGUAUUACCCCGUAUGAACAGUUUGAGAGAAUGGCCCGUAUGUAUGACAACAGGAUGUACCGCUUGUUGCUGAUACUGAGGCUGGUGGUCAUCAAGUACAUACAACGGAAGUGGAACAUGCGCCAUGUCCCGAUACUCCACCUGAUGAAAUACAUAGUGGAAGUAGCCAACUACCAGUUUGAGAAUAUGGAAACAAAUGUUUUUGCUGUAGCUAGUCGACAGUUGCCUGUGACGUUUGUGUAUUCUGGUCAGGAUAACGCCAUGGAAACCGAGAUUUCUGAAGAGCUGGCCAGGCUGCUGAAUUUAAAACCUGAAGAGUUUUGCCGACUGGAUACAAACCUCAACCUUAUAUUCCCGGGCAAGAAGAAAUUAUCCCAAGGUUUAUAUAUAGAGGAAGGGACUCACAAUCCACUGGAAACUCAGGAACACUGUGAUGUGAUAGCAUUGAUGCUUAUAGAUGAACUAAAAAGAACUACAAAGACUUCCUCCUGAUAUUGUGAAAAUAGUUCUUAUUAUAUGCGGCCCAGUGGUAAUGUUUAUGAAUGGUCAGUGGGUCGAAUGUUUUCCUAGUGCUCAUGGAUACCAUUUUUUAAAGUGAAAUAAAUAUUUAAUGUUCCUACAUUGUGUAACAUUCAUACUGAAAUGUUGAAAAUAAAUCUUCUGUUGAUAAUGUUAAACCAUUGAU